UAUUUCUUCAAAAUUCAAUGCAGUGCUUCUUUGAUACCCCCGGGCUUACGUUGACUUGCAGUGGAUUUCCCCAUAAGGACUUGAAAGCACGUGUUGAAAGUGCUUGGAGUGCAGUUAAACUCUAUGAUGUGCUCAUAGUCUUAUUUGAUGUUCACAGGCAUCUUACCAGACCUCAUAUAAGGGUAACUAAAUUGAUUGAGCGAAUGGGAGCUCAAGCUCACUCUGGACAAAAGCGGGUAUUGUGCAUGAACAAGAUUGACUUAGUGGAGAAAAAGAAGGACCUCCUACAGGUUGCAAACCAAUUUAAAGAUCUUCCUGGUUAUGACAGGUAUUUCAUGAUAUCUGGACUGAAGGGUUCUGGGGUGAAAGAUCUUUCUCAGUAUCUUAUGGAGCAGGCAAUUCAAAGACCUUGGGAUGAAGAUCCAAUGGAGAUGAGUGAGGAAGUCAUGAAAAACAUCUCUCUGGAAGUUGUGAGAGAGAAGUUGUUGAACUACAUACACCAGGAAAUUCCCUAUGAGAUUGAGCAUCGCUUGAUGGACUGGAAAGAGUUGCGAGAUGGUUCUCUGAGGAUUGAGCAGCACCUCAUUACCCACAAGCAAAGUCAGCGCAAGAUUUUGGUUGGAAAGAAAGGCUCUAAAAUAGGAACGAUAGGGAUUGAAGCAAACGACGAGCUAAGAUCCAUCUUCAGAGGCAUAUCCAUCUCAUUCUCCAGGUUAGAGUAAAGUGACACCAUUUGCAUCGAGAUGAUUUCUACAGCAGGAUCUUUCCCUUACCGUCCUUAUGGUGGGUACACAAGUAAAGUUCUUCAUGCUGCAUUUGCACCUACGUCCUGUCACGAGUCUCGUGACAAGCAGCAGUCAAUGAUGGAAAUUGUUGUGCAUCCAUGCCGUGGUGAGAAAGGUGGUGAACAAGACGGGACAAGAUGCCGAUUCAAAUUCCUACGAGGCGUUUCCCACAUGACACUCAGUGGAGAAAGUUUCAAGAUGGAAUGCCUCCUCUUUUAGUCUAUUGCUGUAUUGUUCCUUCCCCUGGUUUUGUUUCUAAUUAGGGUCAAUCAUGGUGAAAGGCCAUCUUAUAUUUUCUUUGAUGAAGGGAGUUACUAUUUUUGUUUUUCUUGCGGUAAUCACUGUAUACCUCAUUUCAGAUCUAAAGCUUUUAUGUAUUUCAAUAUCAUGUACAUAAUACAGCGCCACGGCAAUUGAAGCGCCAUUCUUUUGAAGGC